GCUGAGUUCCCCGUGCUCGCUACCCUUCAGAUAUCCCGGGCAGCAAGCCACAGAUAAGAGACGCCGCCUUAUCUCAACCGUCAUAUCCCUGGAUGCGAGUGCACUGGAUAAAUACUGGUCGUAUGUACGUUUUAAUAUGUAUGUGACAGACAAAAUCGUUUUUCAGGGCAUUAAAGUCUAAUUUCAAUAUUAAUAUAUUUUUCUACCCGUAGGUAGCAGUAAUAAAUAUGGUGUCAGACACGCGGAUUGACGCCAAGACUUGCAUGGCGACCAGGGAGUCUUUGCUGCCAAAGUAACUGCAGAAAGAGGGGACAGUUUAUUCUUAGUUCUUGGUCCAAUAAGUCACAGUGAACUCCUGCGGUCACGGUGUUCAGAGUGAACAUGAGUUGAACAACGUGCGCCUGAGACGUGAGCCUGUUUAACCAUGUCUACCCUACGCAAGUAGUCCACCUGGAGGAAGAAUUAGAUCCAGCACUAGAAGGGUUGGUCUUGCCUAACACACAGACACACACACCCUCUUUCCAAGCGUCCGGGCGGGGAGUGCGGACACCAAGAGCAUCGGCCUUGCCCCCACACGCCCACCCUCCCGGCGUGAGGGCGUGUGGUGCGGGGCAGGGUGGCCGUGGGCGUGUGGGCGGUGGCAGGCGGCAUGGUGGGCGUCUACGAGGUGGGCAGGUGGGGGUGGACUGGCCGCUCGGCAGUCCCCACCGACAAGAACACCAAGAGACUCAACAUCCACGUCAUAUCCGAUGGCAUCACCCGGCUGCCCAUCUUGGAGGGGGAGAUCUCGCACAUCGAGAUCCCAAGAGGACCAACAACUCUAGGCAUCACUAUAGUAGGCGGCGCCGACACUCCUCUACGAUGUGUGGUGGUGCAGGAGGUGUUCCCAGACGGGUUGGUGGCCCAAGAUGGCCGCCUGCAGCCUGGCGACCAGAUCAUCGAGGUGGACGGUGUAGACAUGACGUCAGCCACUCACCAGGUGGUGUGUCAGGCUCUGAGGCGUCCCCAGACGGUGCUCAGGCUCGGUGUCUAUAGGGAAAGGAUUGAGGCUUACCGAGCAGCCUCGCCUCAGUCAACAAGUGCUCCACCGCAUCAUCAAGGGGAAAUGGUGGCAGUAACUUUAUGCAAGGAAACAAGCCGACAGCUGGGGCUCAAGCUAGGAGGGAGGCGUACUGAGCCUGGUAUUUUCGUCAUGGAGGUACUUGAUGGCUCUGUGGCCGCACAGGACGGCCAACUCCACCCACACGACCGCAUCCUGGCCAUCAAUGGUGCUGAUGUGCGCUAUGCUCGCCUUGACCAUGCCUCGCGCCUCAUACAGCAGAGUCAUACACAUGUAAGCCUUGUGGUAAGUCGCGGGCCGGCUGUUGCCUUUGUGUCAGGCUCUGAUACGACCGCCCACUCCCCUGAGUACUGGCGCAACAGUUCAGCAACUGACAGCGAGUUCCAUGGAUCUGCUGGCCACAGAAGUGCAAGUGACAGUGGUUGUGGUGCCAUGGAAUAUGGGCGAUCUGCUUCUUGUGAUUCUCUGAGUGAUCACAGUCUUGUGUCAUCCAUGAUGUCUUCACCAAGCACCCGUUUGCCUUCUGAGGCUGGUGGCGGCGUUGGGUCUCCCUCGAGAGGUGGCUCACCCACCACUUCCUCUCCUGGGUACUGCACAUCAGAUACUGACGACACUGAAUCCAGUCACCAUCAUCCUCCAACCCACCACCACCACCACCACCAUCGACACUCAACUUCUGUUGAUUCCCAACACUAUCAUCACCAGUUGCCAGCUGACCCUACUCAGGAGCAGGACCUCCGCGAUCAACACCCGUCAUCAUCUGAACACAGUCUCCACCACGAUUCCAUUUCAUUACCUGCUACUCCAAGAGGUGCUCGCUCACCUGAAGACUCUCUUGAUAUCAUGGCAGGACUCAAACGCUUAAUGCACACUGAAAACAAUCAGCUUCAGCAGAAGAAUGUCACCAUUAAAAAGAUUGUAAGGGAGAGUCUGGGCAUGAGGAUUGGUGGUGGAGUGAACAGCAACGAGGGUGACACUCCCAUCUACAUUGCCAACAUUAACCCCCAGGGUCCUGUCGGAAGGUGUCGAAACAUCAAGAAGGGUGAUGUGUUGCUAUCGGUAAAUGGACAGUCGCUGCUUGGACUAACGCAUGGACAAGCAGUUGCACUACUGAAGGCUACGGCAGAAUUGAUAGGCGUCACACUUUCUCUGUUAGAUGGUCCUGAGACAUCUGUGGGAUCUGCCAACUUUGUACCAUCUUGGCUGUAUUGGCAAAAGUUGCCACGCUCUUUACACAUCUCCAAGAGUGUUGUACUGCACAGGGCUCCUGGGGCUUCCCUUGGUUUCAGUAUAGUUGGUGGCUCUGAUCCCCAGCGAGGGGCUGAACCUAUACAUGUUCUGUUUGUAGUGCAGUCAUCCCCUGCAGCCCUUGAAGGAAAGUUACGAUGUGGAGACCGUUUGCUGUCAGUAGAUGGCCACUCCCUGGAGCUAGUUCGCCAUGCCUCUGCUGUCAGUCUUCUAAAGCAGGCAGGACAAAGAGUUAACCUUGAAGUGGUUUCCUGGCUGGGUACAGAACUGUGACCUAUAAUGUUUGUUUUCCUAAAGGAUCUUCCUGUUAAAGGCAAUAUCAAACAUGGAUGUACCAGUAGUGAUGGGCAUCAAAACAGUCAAAAUGUGCCUCUGGCGCCUAAACAAUUAAAUAUAAAACUUAAAAAAAUGGUAUCUGAAGGAGCUAAAAUGAUAAUGCUAAGCGUAUUUAAAUGGAGGAAUUUAUUUUUUUCAAUACAUAGAUAUAUAAUGUGUUCUUGCAUGCUCUAGUAAAAUCUGAUGGUAAAAUAUUACUUAAAAGUGUACUUAUUUCUCAAGCCAUUUCUUUGAGACACCAAGUCAUAAUUUUAAAUGCUACCUGUAAGUUAAAAUUAAUUCACAAUAUUUGUGAUAAUUAUUUCAAUAGACAUUUAAAUUUGUUGUGAUGCAUAAUUACAAUAACAAAAUUACCUUUUCUAAAAGAAUUUACAUUAAAAAAAUUUGGUGACAGGUAGCAUGCAUACACCUUUAUUGAUGUACAGCAGAUACAGAUCUGAGCUAUUACACAACAAUAAACAGUCUUGUACAGAACUUUAUACUUAAACAUCUGUUAUAAAUUUAUUAUUAUAUGGUAGCUUCCUAAGCAAACAAUGUUGCUACAGUAAUAUAAGCCUAC